AGCUAAUGGAGUCGAUAGCUAGAAGUAAACACAAGUGGCCUUAGAAUGUUUUACCGUCUUAUCCAUUGAUGUACAUAAGUCCUCUAAGAUGGAUGACGUCAAUUUACACUACAGAUUCCUGAACUGGCGGCGCAGGAUCAGAGAAAUCAGGGAAGUUCGUGCCGUACGAUAUCAAGAGCGAUACAAACGAAUGUUGAAGAACGGAGACACGCUAAGUUACCAAGGGAACUCUGAUGAAGUUGGCUGCUACGUGGCUCCACGCCCCUUAUCAAAGGGAAACUGUUACUUUGAGGUGACCAUAAUGGAUACCGGAGUGAGAGGGACGAUUGCUGUUGGUCUGGUUCCUCAGUAUUACAAACUUGACUAUCAGCCCGGCUGGCUUCCGCAAUCAAUUGCUUACCAUGCUGAUGAUGGGAAGCUGUAUAACGGCAACCCUGUUGGUCAGCAGUUCGGUCCUAAGUGUAACCGUGGUGACCGAAUUGGCUGCGGUAUCUAUGCAGACAGUUUUGAUGCUGGACUCGUCACUGUGUUUUUUACAAAGAAUGGAAAGGAGGUGGGGUCAGUGGUGGUGCCCGUGGCUCCAGAUGGGCUUUUCCCUGCCAUUGGCAUGCACUCCCUCGGCGAGGAGGUACGGUUGGACCUGCAGGCAGAAUGGGGUUCAGAGGAGGAGGACAGUGUCAUGAUGGUGGACAGUCAUGAGGACGAAUGGGCACGCCUGUAUGACGUCAGAGUCAGCGGCACGCUUCUGGAAUAUGUUGGGAAAGGGAAGAGCUUGAUGGACGUGGGUCUUGCUCAGGCCCGGCAGCCCCUCACCACCAGAAGUCACUAUUUUGAAGUGGAGAUUGUGGAUCCCGGAGAGAAGUGCUAUAUCGCCCUGGGUCUGGCAAGAAGAGAUUACCCAAAGAACAGGCAUCCGGGCUGGAGUCGAGGUUCUGUCGCAUAUCACGCAGAUGAUGGGAAGAUCUUCAAUGGAAGUGGAGUAGGAGAUCAGUUUGGCCCUCGCUGUUUCGAAGGGGACAUCAUGGGCUGUGGAAUCAUGUUUCCUCGGGACUAUGCACUUGACUAUGAAGAUGAAAUUGAAGACUGGGAUGCUGCUGAUGUACGACCAAAGCAAGGCAGAGUCGAAAACCUGUUAUAUUUGAACGAUGAAGAUGAGGAAGAGGGCGAAGAUCCAGAACAAGAACACGAGGGCCGGAAGGUUAUGGUGUUCUUCACCCGAAACGGCAAGAUCAUCGGCAGGAGGGAGGUGGUGGUUCCGGUCGGAGGCUUUUACCCCUCUAUCGGGAUGCUCAGCAGUGGAGAAAAGGUGAAGGUGGACCUGCAUCCUCUUAGCGGAUAACAAAGCAACAAUUGCACAUCUCCAGUCCCGCUGUGAGCAACAGACGCUCGA